AGCUCUGCUCUGGGGCUCCCUGAGGCUCCCGCUGCCUUUUGGGGCCCUCUCAAGGUCCUCCCUGCUCAGGAUCCCUGCUCACGUUUGGGCUUUGCUGAGGUUCCGAUUCCCUUUGGGAUCGUCUGGGAGUCUCUGAGCUUCUUGUUCCCUUUUGGGACAUUCCCACGGCCCACACAGUCUUCUGGGGCUCUGGAGGGUCCCCACUCCCAUUUGGGGUCCUCCACCCGAGACCCCAUUUCCUUUUGGGGUUCCCUGGGGUUCUCAGUCUAUUUUAUCUAUUCUCAGCAUCCUCUCUCUCCAGGGUCUCUGAUCACAUUUGGGUCUCCUUGACCCUUCUAUUCCUUUUUUCCUUUUCCUUCAUCCCUGAAACCCUCUCUCCUCUUUGGAGCUCCCUGAGAUCCCACUCUCCAUCCCUGAGAACCCCACUCCCUUUUGGGAUCCUCUCAGCACCUCCCACUCUCCUUUGGAACUCUCUCUUCCUCCCCGAGGCCCCUGUUUCCCUUUAGGCUUCCCCAAGGCCCUCCAUCCUUCUGGAGCUCUCCAUCCCUGAGGUCCCCCCUCCUUUUUGGGGCUCCCUUGGAGGAUCCCCCCUCCCUCCCUGGCCCCGCAGCCCUUUCCAUCCCCUCCCAGCAUGGAGAUCAAGUACGAGUACUCGCGGAAGCGCAGCGAGUUCGGCCGGCCCUGCAGCUUCUCAGACCUGCUGGCCGAGGUCACCGUGGACAUCCCGCCCGACCCCACCCUGGCCGAUGACUUCAUCCCCCAGGACCCCGUGGACUUUGGGGUGCAGGAGGGUCCUAUGCUGGCCGUGCACGAGGUGAACACAGAGCGGGCAGCGGUGUCCAUCCAGGGUGUGAACCACGUGGAGGGCGGCUGGCCCAAGCACGUGGACCCCAAGAACCCGGAGCUGACCACCCGCUACCGGGAGGAGGUGGAGAGGGAGGAGGUCUACACCAAGACUGUGCAGCGCCUCGGCUUUGUGGUGGAGCACUUCAUCAGGCAGAACAACACCAUCGACAUCUACGAGGAAUAUUUUGAGGAGGAAGAGGAGGAAGAGGAGGAGGAGGAGCAUCCCUCAGCCAAAACCAUCAAUGUCAUCAGGGACCCCAACACGCCCAGGAGGAUGGCCACACACCUCUCCUGGCACCCCGACGGCAACCGGGCCGUGGCCGUGGCUUAUUGCAGCCUGGACUUCCAGGACAGCAGGAAGGAGCUGAACUCUGAUUCCUACGUCUGGGAUCUGGAAAAACCCUACGCCCCAGAGCUCACCCUGAAGCCCUCGUCCCCUGUGGUGACCCUGGAGUACAAUUCCAAGGACUGGCAUCACGUGCUGGGAGGCUGCUACAACGGGCAGAUAGUGUAUUGGGACACCAGGAAAGGGGGGCUGCCCAUGGAGAUGACCCCAGUGGAGUUCAGCCACAGGGACCCCGUGUACGGAGCGUACUGGCUGCCCUCCCGAACGGGCACCGAGUGCUUCUCGGGCUCCACCGACGGGCAGGUCCUGUGGUGGGACAUCCGCAAGAUGUCACAGCCCAGCGAGAGGCUGGUCCUGGACAUCACCAGGCAAGAUCAGCUGAAGAACGCUCUGGGUGCCAUCUCCCUGGACUUUGCACCCAUCCUGCCCACCAAGUUCCUGGUGGGCACAGAGCAGGGCAUCAUCAUCUCCUGCAAUCGUGACUCCAAGACACCGCCCGAGAAAAUCGCCAACAUCUUCAGAAGCCACAUCGGGGCUGUCUACAGGGUGACCAGGAACCCCUUCUUCCCCAAAGUCUUCGUGUCAGUCGGUGACUGGACUGCCCAGAUCUGGACGGAGGAGCUCAUGGAUUCAUCCUCAAUUAUGGAGACCAAGUACCACAGCUCCUACCUGCUGGACGUGUGCUGGAGCCCCGUGAAGCCGGCCGUGUUCUUCACCGCCAGGUCGGACGGGGUCCUGGACAUCUGGGACUUCCUCUUCCACCAGAAGGAACCUUCCCUCAGCCUCAAGGUGUCCAACGAUCCCCUGCUCAGCCUGUGCUCGCAGGACAACGGGCGCAUCCUCGGCUGCGGCACCAAGCAGGGCAAUGUCUCCCUCCUGGAGAUCUCCCCAGGGCUCUGCACCAUCCGGAAGAACGAGAAGACCCUGACCUCCACAAUGUUCGAGCGGGAGGCGAGGCGGGAGAAGGUGCUGCAGGACAAGUACCGGGAGCGGCUGCUGCGGGAGCAGGAGCGCCUGCGGGCCCAGCCAGAGGAGCAGGAGGACGCCCUGGAGACCUUCAAGCAGGCCCAAGCAAAUUUCCUCUCCAGCAUCAAGGCGGAGAAGCGGAGGAGGGGUCUGGAAGUGCCUGAAGAGGAUGAAGAGGGGGAGGCAGCUGCCGAGGAGCAAAGCCAGGAGGAAGAGUAGGAGGAUGCCAAGGUCAGUGUGCUCCAGCUGCACCUUCCUUUCCUCUCCAUGCCAGAGCUGCUGCAGGGACGAGGCCACUGUCCCCAAGCCAGGCAGUUGUCCUGGGCUCUCUGCCCUCCUGGGGUGGCAAGUGGGGGACCCUGCACAGCCCCCUGACCCCUCAGCUGCUCCCUGGCCUUUGCACCCUUAUUUUCUUUGGUGUGAAUAAACCUGUGCUUUCCACGUCACGUUUCCUCUC